GUGGUGGUGAGACUUCAUUGCCCAAAAAGGGUCGUCCUGAAGGACACUCGGCUAGGUGCCGUCUGUUGAAGAGUUUCUAGCGCUUGCGUUCGCCGGGUGCAUUAUUCGUAGUGUUUAAAGCUGAAAGACGGCCUUCUCCAGCGAACAGGCCUAGCAAUCAUCCGCCAUAAUGGUGUUUCCUCCCGCUCUCGCCAAAAUAAUGAUCCUUACGAUCGGGAUUAGCAUGUGGAUCUGGAUGCAGGCUUACGUCAAGGUUCAAGUGGUACUUUAUGGCCGAGCAAUACUUGAACCACACAGGCGAAGCGAGCCGCCAGAGUUGAAGAAUAUAGAAUUUGGACAGCAUGAAUACAGAAAUGUGAACGGUAUCGCCAUGCAUUAUGUUCACAAGGGAUGUGACGCUAGCAGCCAGAACGGCCCGAUUUUGCUUCUUCUGCACGGAUUUUUGGAUUUCUGGUUCAUCUGGAACCGACAGAUUCCAAUCCUCAGCAAAAAGUUUUGUGUCAUAGUGCCAGACUUGCGGGGAUACGGGCUUACUACAAAGCCUGCAAACUCUACUGACUAUCUGAUGGUCAAGUUGAUCGAGGAUGUCCGACAACUGCUUCUUACCAUAAAUCCUCCACCAGGCAGACCGCUUCUCUUAGUGGGGCACGACUGGGGUGCCAUGAUUGGCUUCUGCCUGGCUUCUUUGGAAGAACAUUUAAUCGACCGAAUGAUCGUCAUCAACGGAAUGCACCCGAAGGCUUUCCAAAAGCAGCUGCUGCGGAGCCCAAGGCAAAUGAGGAUGUCCUGGUACAUGAUCCCGUUUCGGCAUCCCGAGGUACCGGAACAGUAUCUCAUGAUGCGGGACUUUGCCUUCUUUGACAAGGUGCACAAAGGCUUUACCAAGCGGGAGGAGUACGUCCACAAGUACAUGUUCUCUCAACCAGGUGCUUUGACAGGCGCCAUAAACUACUAUCGCGCCUUCAACAACGAUAAGGAGCAGCUCAACAAGCUGCAGUAUCGCGUGCUCGACAUACCAACGCUUAUUCUUUGGGGGCAGAAGGAUGAAUUUCUCACUUCACGCGUCGGCAAGUACGACCGGGAAUGGCUGAACAAGUCGGCAAUUGUGUUCUACAAGCGUGCUGGGCAUUGGCUCAUGCGGGAAUGCUUUGACACUGUCAAUCAAUAUAUCUUAGACUUCGUGAAAUACGGGCUGUUGGACCCAAGCCUUCGACAAUUUAAUAAUUCGAAGACGCAAAACGAAAACACGUGUGCACACUCCGUGACACCGGGCGUGGUGUCACCGCCAAACGUAUUUCCAUUGGUACCGCUGGAUUCCGGCGUUCCCGGUUUCCCAGAAGAAUAAAAACCGCUUUGUC